CCAACGAAAUGUGGCGGCUGAACUUUGGACAAGUGAUUUUGUGACAGUGAAACCCUUUGCUCACUACCACUGUGAGUCGGAGUCACGGUCAAUGUCGAUUGGGGGUCGGUGUCAUUCUCACCGUCAGUCAAUGACAGUAUCGCUACGGCAUCACUGAGGCCUACCUACCUAGCAACCGACCCCUAUCCAUAAACCUCGGCAUUCAAUCAAGCUAGUGGUAAAGUAUGGCGCACGAGAAAAGGAAACGUCCCCGACGAAUCGGUGUUACGGUGUGCGUGGGGACAUUUCUGUGGUUUCUUUCCCUGGUGGAAUCCUGGAGCGCUCGGUCGAGGCUGCGACGGCCCCCAUCGGCACUCGUCUUGAGGAGUACGUCACGUCGCACGCUCGAACGUGUCGACGACGGCAUUCGUCGUAAACUAUGCACGGCAGGAAUACUGGCACCCACUCUACUACUCACGGGGCCGUCCCAGAAUGCCGUGGCGGCCGAUGCCGGGAAUCCGGCCGAAGCCUUCCGACGGGGCGCCGCCAAUUUUCCCGGAUACGGUCCCUCCGAUGUCUUUUAUCCCGCCACGCUACAAGGUGUAUGGAUGUUGCGACGCGAGGUUACCCUCUACACGAAUGGUGACGCCACCACGUUGAUCUUGUCCUAUCCGGUACGAUUCCUCACGUCCGUCCAGCCGGAAGCCGUCGUGGCCGACCGGGGAUUCAAUCAAGUCAGUCUGGAACGCGCUUUGCGAGAUCGACGAUCAAACGUGACGGAGAGGGAUACGAUCGAAACCAGAGUACCAAUCGCGUACGAAUGGAGCGUAAACAAUCCCAACGACCUGCGGAUUACAAUCCCUACCGAUCAGGAAGGUGGAGGGAGGAAAGAGAUCAAGACCACCAAGCGAUCAACGGAAUACAACAAUCUUGAUGGUGACGCUGUGGCAGUCACGAGCUCGGAAUUCCAACGCGUCACGGUGGAAGACACCCGUGGUAUCCCGAGCAUUUCGGCCCGACGUGUUCUUACGAAAUGGAUCAUCAACCAAAACGAGGAAAACGGCAAUGUUGCCGAAGGAUUGGAAAUUGUUUACGACAUGAGUUCUAGUGGGGGCCUUGCGGGUGACCCCAUGGCCUUUUCUACAGCCAAAACGGUAUCCUCGUCGUCUAAACCUAUGAUACUUUCCAAAUCCAGACUUCGGUUGGAACGUGCGGUGCCGUAA